AUGCACCAAUUCUUCCCCUCGUCCUCCUUCUUUAACUUCGAAUUUACGCGGGUAGUCGGCACCAUCCCCUUCGGAGGCGCCGAGCUCGCGGAAUGCCUCGACGCGGCCACGCAGAUUACCGGCGAUGACGCGGAGAGCUGGCAUCGUGGCUGGCUGAUCCAGGCCGAAAAGGCGCACGCCAUCGCCCUAGAGGCGACGGAGCAUGGCGAUCGCCAUGCGGCGCGCGACGCCUUCCUGCGCGCCGCCAACUACUUCCGCGCCAGCCAAUACAUGUUCAACGACCGGCGCGAGAGUCCAGACCCGCGCGUUCGCGAGCUCUUUGCCCGGAGCGUCCAGGCGUUUCACCGCGCGAUCCCCCUCUUGGGCCACCGCACGCACAUCCUCCAGGUGCCGUACCGCGAGGGGCAUUUGCCGGGGUAUCUCUUUCUCCCGCCGCUCCAGGGCGGGGACACCACGCGGCAGGAACCGGAGGCCACGGUUCCGGUGGUGGUGUGUAUCAACGGCGCGGACUCGACAUCGGAGGAGCUGUAUCUGCUCUAUGGGGCGAGUGGAUGCCAGCGCGGAUACGCGGUGCUGUUGGUCGACGGGCCGGGGCAAGGAGCCAGCUUGCACGAGACGGGGACAGCCAUGCGCCCGGACUGGGAGCAGGUGACGAGGCCGGUCCUGGACUACGUCGAGCACCUGGCUCACGCGCAUCCCGAGUGGCGCCUGGACCUCUCGCGGAUCGCCCUGGCCGGCGUGUCCAUGGGGGCGUACUAUGCCCUGCGCGGCGCCGUGGACCCGCGCGUCACCGCGUGCAUUGCCAUUGAUCCCUUCUACGACAUGUUCGACCUGGCGACGUCGCGCAUGCCCCCGUGGUUCAUCCGCGCCUGGCUCGCGGGCUGGAUCACCGACGGGGCGUUCGAUGCCACGUGGCGCAUGUUGUCGCGGUGGAAUUUCCAGCUCAAGUGGGAGCUGACCCAUGUCAUGCGGAUCUUUGGGAAGGAGUCCCCGGCGGCGGCGAUGCGCGAGAUGCAGCGGUAUUCGCUGAAGGGGGAUGGGAAAGUGGGAGAGUAUCUUCGUCGAGUGGAAUGUCCGGUGAUGAUCAGUGGGGCAGCGCAGACUAUUUACACUGCGCCGGAGAUCAGUACACUGAGAAUUGCGCAGGCAUUGGAUCAUUUGCCUGACGAGAGGCGACAUCUCUGGAUUGCAAGGGACGCGGGGGAUGGGGGUUUGCAGGGCAAGGUUGGUGCGUGGCGUCUUCUCCAGCAGAAGGUGUUUCAAUUCCUGGAUGAACAAUGGGACGUGAAGCGUAAUAUUGGAGACAUACAGGGUUGA